GUUGGGGUGUGUGUGAGCUGUCGUUAGGGCCAUUAGAGCUGGUGGUCUCCUUCAGGGCUCGGUGCCGCGUCCAGGGAGGCCGCCCCGUGGGAAGCUGGCCGCCCGGAGCCACUCCGUGGGGCUGGGACUGUGCAGCGUGAUGCUCAACCCCGAUAUGGCCGGUCCCUCUUGAUGGAUGGGCAUUACCGCAGAAUCGCUAAGGAGGCAGUAGAGAAUGUCCUUCCGUGGAAGAGGAGGAGGAGGUGGUGGAGGACGAGGAGGUGGCGGAAGAGGUGGAGGCGGCUUUAAUCGUGGAGGAAGCGGCGGUGACAGAGGCGGCUUUAAUCGUGGUGGACGAGGUGGCUUUGGACGGGGAGGUGGACGGGGAGGCUUCAACAGAGGCGGAUAUGACCAGGGCCCUCCGGAGAGGGUAGUUUUACUGGGAGAGUUCAUGCAUCCCUGUGAAGAUGAUCUUGUUUGUAAAUGUAAAACAGAAGAAAACAAAGUGCCUUAUUUCAAUGCACCGGUGUACUUGGAUAAUAAAGAACAGAUCGGCAAAGUGGAUGAAAUUUUUGGGCAGCUACGAGACUUUUAUUUUUCAGUGAAGCUGUCUGAGAACAUGAGAGCCUCUUCAUUCAAAAAAAUGCAAAAGUUUUACAUUGAUCCAGCAAAGCUGCUACCCCUUCAGAGAUUUUUGCCAAGGCCUCCUGGAGAAAAAGGUGCCCCUCGAGGAGGUGGUAGAGGAGGACGUGGUGGAGGACGUGGAGGAAGAGGUGGUGGUAGAGGAGGAUUCGGAGGAGGAAGAGGUGGUGGAAGAGGAGGAGGAGGAUUUAGAGGAGGCGGAGGAAGAGGUGGGGGAGGAGGAGGAUUCAGAGGAGGAAGAGGCGGUGGAGGAGGUUUUAGAGGGAGGGGACAUUAAAAAUGGAUCAGUGAGAAUCUUCCUGCUGACUUACCACAUUAUCUGCAGAAGUGAAGAGCAAGGAAAAAGAUAUAAAAGACCAUGAAAAAGUUGUCUGUAAAGAACUGGAAGCUACGAAAUGACAGCUAAUGGCUGCUUGUCAACACGUGAACAGAGUUCUUGGCAAAGAAUGGAAGUCUGCUCAGGACAUGCUUGAAGUUUUUUUAACUAAGACAAGGUUCAGUGUUGUUCAUAAAUUGUUUCUUAGCCAGUGCUUGACUUCAUGUUGGAGUCUGGGUUCACUGCAUGCACAUUUGUCGGUAUGAACUUGCUACCCAUGUGUGACUUGGGUAAGAUCCCUUGUUCUCAUUGUUUUAUAUGGAAUCUUUUGGGUCACCCUAAAAAGGACAUGCUGUUUAAAUAACCUUUACAGACCAUUUUUUACAAACUAAACUUCAGAUUUUUUUUUGUCAUUAGAACUUUUCUUAAUGCAUAAUAAUAAAUAUGAGGGAAGGAAGAUAGCAAAGAUUAUUUUGUAGAUUCUUCUCUCUGAAUCUUAAUGAAAGCCAAAGGCAUUAAGACACAUUCUUAGAAGAUAUUAUCUGAUAAGGAAUACAGUGUAAAUUCUGUUGUUAGGUCACCUCACUGUAUCUAAUUUCACUGAUAAUAAAAUUGCUAAGAAUUUUUAA